AUGAGUUGCAAUGGGUGUCGGAUUCUUCGUAAAGGAUGCAGCGAUGAUUGUAUAAUUAGACCUUGUCUUCAAUGGAUUCCCUCCUCCGAUUCUCAAGCCAACGCCACCAUUUUUCUCGCCAAAUUUUACGGCCGCGCCGGCCUCUUCAACCUCAUCACCGCCGCCGCCCAUCACCUCCGCCCUGCCAUUUUCAAGUCAUUGUUGUACGAGGCGUGCGGUCGGAUGGUGAAUCCUGUGUACGGUUCUGUUGGAUUGCUGUGCUCCGGCGACUGGGAACGCUGUCAGGCAGCCGUCGACGCCGUCUUGAACGGAUCCAUGAACGUGGAACCAGAUACGCCGCCGUCAAACAACGGUAACUUUUCCCUCAAAUGCUGCGACAUUCGCCACGUUUGUAACGAACCCAAUUUGGCUGCUUCCGGCGAUCUUCUCAAGGUCAAGGGUCGGAGCCGGUUCAAGAAGCCCGAUCAUCGAACCAAAUCGAAACCCGGUCCGGAUCAUGAAUUAGGAAUUGGGUCUAGUUCUGAUGAAUCGGGCCGGGAUUUGAGAAGUGGAAGCUGGUUUGAGAAGGCCGACGUUGAGCUGGAAUUGACUCUUAAAUCGGCUCAGUAA